AUGCCGAUAAUUCCGAUCCCGUUAACGAAUCCCUCUUCCCGUCUCCUCCUCCAGGCUCGCGUGGAGCGGAUGGAGCAAUUCCAGAAGGAAAAAGAAGAGCUGGAUAAAGGUUGCAGGGAAUGUAAGAGGAAACUGGCCGAGUGCCAGAGGAAACUGAAGGAGCUGGAAGUGUCGGAGCCGGGAGGAAACGGGAAAGGGGAGUUGGAAAAACUCCGGGCAGAAGCUCAACAGCUGCGGAAAGAAGAGAAAAGUUGGGAGAAUAAAUUGGAAGAGCUGAAAAAGAAAGAGAAAAACAUGCCCUGGAAUGUCGAUACCCUCAGCAAAGAUGGCUUCAGCAAGAGCGUUUUCAACGUCAAACCGGAGGAAAAGGAGGAGACGGAGGAACAGAAAGAGAAAAAACACAAAACUUUCGUGGAGAGAUAUGAAAAGCAGAUCAAACACUUCGGGAUGCUGCGGCGUUGGGACGACAGCCAGAAAUACCUCUCUGAUAACCCCCACCUCGUUUGCGAGGAGACUGCUAAUUACUUAGUCAUUUGGUGCAUCGAUCUGGAGGUGGAAGAGCCCCUCCUCCUCCUCCCCAGGUACUACUUUCGGAACUGGCACGGGAUGAACGAGCAGGAACCGGCCGUUUAUCGCAACGUGCCCCGUCCCAGCGACUGCCCCGACGAGCGGCUGCCGGGGAGGGCUUUGCUGGACAAAUCCUCCUUCCAGUACCUCUUCGAGCAGGGCAAGUUUGAAUUUGUCAACGAUGUGGCCUCUUUGAAGGACCUCCAGAGCGAGCAGGAGAUCCAGAGGUUCAAGAACGAGAGCUUGGGGAUGGCCGUGCUCCACCUCUCGCACGUGGCCAUCAAGAAGGGCAUCUCCCUGGAGGAAGUGGCCAGAAGAUACAGCUUCAAGGACUGUAUCCCGAGGUCCUUCUACCGCCAGAUCCAGCAGAACAACUACCUGACCAGGUUCCGCAUGAAGAACGUCUUCAAGAAGUUCGUGCGGCAUUUCCAGCGCCACACGGUGGGCGCGGGGAAGCUGACGGCCCAGGACGUCAUGUACAAAUAUCUGGCCACCUUGGAGCACCUCGCCCCUCGUUUUGGGACCGAGUUCUUCCCCGUCCUCUCCUUGGAAACCUCUUCUGAAGGGGAGAAGGUGCACCUCUACGUCAACGGAGGACAUUCCCAACCGGAACCCGGGCACCCGUUGCUCCCCAAGGACCCUCCUGUCACCCAUGAAGUCUUGGUCAACGGCACCAGUGGGAUCCAGUGGCGACCAGUGCCCGUAGAGCAGAACGUGGAGAACGUCUCCCACCGGGGAUAUUUUGGGAGGAAGAGCAGAAACAAAGAGCUGGAGCUCAAGGGGCCACCUCCCCCGGGGGAACGAAACGAGGCGAAAUGGGUCCAUUUCUGCGAUUUUCGGGAGAUCACGCACAUCGUCGUCAAGGACUGUCGGGUCAGCAUCAACCGGCAGGACAACAAGUGCCUGGAGGUUCUUCUCCCUUCUCCAGAGAGCGCCUUGGCCUUGGUCUCCUUGGUGGACGGGUAUUUCCGCCUCACGGCCGAUUCCAGCCACUACUUGUGUCACCAAGUGGCUCCUCCUCGGCUCCUCGUGAGCAUCUUGAACGGCAUCCACGGGCCCAUGCAGGAAGAGUUCGUUUUCGCCAAGCUCCGACGGGAGGAGGAGGAGGAAGGUCUCUACAUCCUCCGCUGGAGCGCCCUUGACUUCAACAGGAUGAUCCUCUCCGUGGUGAAGAGGAGCCACCACUCUUCUUGGGGGUCUGACCCCUUGGUGGCUUCUCCAUCUCGCCUGCAGAGAGCCCACCUGGGCCAGGGCACCCGCACCAACAUCUACGAGGGGGUGUUGACCGUCUGCGGCAGCGGCGGGGCCGAGGACGAAGCCGAAUAUUUCUCCACCGAGCAGAACAACAACAGCCGGGAGAUGCACGUGGUCCUCAAAGUCCUGGACCCCAGCCAUAGGGACAUCGCCUUGGCGUUCUUCGAGACGGCCAGCCUGAUGAGCCAGGUGUCCCACGUCCACUUGGCCUUCGUCCACGGAGUCUGCGUGCGAGGCUCCGAGAACAUCAUGGUGGAAGAAUUCGUGGAACAUGGACCUCUGGAUGUCCUGCUGAGGAAGGAGAAAGGCCGGGUCACCGUGGGCUGGAAAAUCACCGUGGCCAAGCAGUUGGCCAGUGCCUUGAGCUACCUGGAGGAUAAAAACCUGGUCCACGGCAACGUGUGCGCCAAGAACAUCCUGUUGGCCAGGAAAGGGCUGGAAGAAGGAUCCGUGCCUUUCGUCAAGCUCAGCGACCCCGGCGUCAGCUUCACGGUGCUCUCUCGAGAAGAGCGUGUGGAUCGUAUUCCCUGGAUCGCCCCGGAAUGUAUCCGGGAUACGGGGAACCUCAGCACGGCCGCCGACAAGUGGAGUUUUGGGACCACUUUGCUGGAAAUCUGCUUCGACGCCGACGUCCCCCUCAAGGAACGUACCCCAUCCGAGAAAGAGCGUUUCUACGAGAAGAGGCAUCGCCUGCCUGAACCGUCCUGCAAGGAAUUGGGGAGUCUGGUCUGUGGGUGCCUGAAUUACACCCCCGGGGAACGUCCCUCCUUCCGGACCAUCCUGAGGGAUCUCACCCAGCUUCAGCCCCACAACCUGGUGGACGUCACCUCAGUGAGCCCCGACUGCCCCGUCUCCGACCCCACCGUCUUCCAGAAGCGGUACCUGAAAAAGAUCCGGGAGCUGGGGGAGGGUCACUUUGGGAAGGUGAGCCUUUAUUGCUACGACCCCACCAACGACGGGACGGGGGAGAUGGUGGCCGUCAAGUCCCUCAAGUCCGGGUGCAGCCAACAGCUCCUCACCAGCUGGAAGAAGGAGAUUGAGAUCCUCAAGACCCUCUACCACGAGAACAUCGUCAAAUACAAGGGUUGCUGCAGCGAGCAGGGGGACAAGAUCGUGCAGCUGAUCAUGGAGUACGUGCCCCUGGGGAGCCUUCGGGAUUACCUGCCCAAGCACAACGUCAGCCUGGCCCACAUCCUGCUCUUCGCCCAGCAGAUCUGCGAGGUGACCUCCCCCCUUCUCCUCGGGGCUCCUCUGACCCCCCCCAAAUGGCUCUGA